GGGGCCCUGCGGCACACGCGCCCCCGGAGCCGUGUCCCCGUGCCGGCCUUGACUUCCUGUCUCUCCCCUGACAGCGCUGCUCGGGACCCGCCGUUCCCCUCCAGCAUCCUCGGCGGUGGCUCCGCUCCAGCAGCCAACACACGGGACUGAAAUGACCUUGAAAGCCGGGAACAAGGGCAGCUCGGCGGAUCCCGCCCGGGCUCGCUCGGGCCGAGGCAGCCCGGCCGCAGGUGCCUCCCUCUGGCUCUGAUCCUCGGCUUUUAGUUUUGGGAGGCAAAAUCCCGCCCUCCCUCUCCUGCCUCUGCCACGCGCUUCCCCCGUGCUCCUGCCGGCAGCGGGGAAGGGAUCCAGGGAAAACCCAGCGCUGUUGGAGCAGCUCUGCACGGAUCGUUCCCAGGCUGGAGCCCAGCAUCGCUGCCAAGCCGAUGCAUGAAAAAGCAGCUCCCCUGAAGAGCCCCGAGCCCAUGCACGGCCGUGAGAAGCUGGAGACAUCCCACAAGCAGAGGAGUUUGGAUUCCCUCGACGGCAGCCUCCGCCUGAAUGAAGCCUUGAAGGAUGAGGACAUCAAGAAAUGCCACCGGGAAGUGGCCGCUAGCAAGUACAACUCCCAGUACCACAAGCUGUUCAAGGACAUCCCCACGGAGGAGAGCGUGUUGAAAGUUUGCUCCUGCGCGCUCCAGAGGGACAUCCUCAUCCAGGGAAGGCUUUACAUCUCCCCCAACUGGCUCUGCUUCUACGCAAACCUUUUUGGGAAGGAUAUCAAGGUGGUGAUCCCGGUGGUGUCCGUGCAGCUGAUAAAGAAGCACAAGACCGCUCGGCUGCUGCCCAACGGCCUGGCCAUCACCACCAACGCCAGCAGGAAGUACAUCUUCGUGUCCCUCAUCUCCCGUGACAGUGUCUAUGAUGUCCUGAGGAGAGUCUGCACGCACCUGCAGGUUUCGAGUAAGAAGAGCUUGAGCUUGAAGGAGCUGACGGAGGAGCCUGAUGCUGUGUCACUGGAGGUGAUUGUCCCUGAGGGCAAGUGGAGGAAGGUGUCACCCGCUUCCCUGUCCCUGUCGCUGCCGGACACCGACUACCAGUGCAUCCACCGGGCCUCUGUCAGCAGCCUGAGCGCCAAGGACAGCUUCACCUCCGAGGAGCCCCUGGUUUCAGAAAGUGCAAUAAACACAGAGGAGGAGCUGGAGGUGGAGCAGAGCUGCGUGGCGGAGCUGAGGCCCUCCGACUACCAGCUCCUGAAGAUCUUCAUCGUGCUCAUCUGCCUCCUGGUCGUGUCCUCCUCGUACCUGGCGUUCCGCAUCUUCCGCCUGGAGCAGCAGCUCUGCUCGCUCAACCGGGACUACCUCUCCCGUGGGCACAGGAGGUGACCGUUGCCCCCAGCGCUGGCUGAGGAUAGACGCCGGGACGGUGUCACCCCACGUACGGAUCCCGGUGCCGAGUCCUCCUGGCUGUUGCACAGGACCUGGUUUUCCCUCAGCCGGUAACAUGGGACCAAGUAUCUUCUCUCUUCCUCCUGGCACCUGCUCCUGGUGGGACCUCUUGGCCAGCUCACGGCCACCGGUGCCAACUCCCCAUCCCACUGGAAACCUGUUUUCUCCCCGGGAUGCUGCUGUGCUGUAGCACUGGACGAUGGCUCAGGGCUGCUGAGUGGUUGGACCUCCCCUUAGGACUUGCUGCUAAAAUGGGUGCUGGUUUUUAUCCCAGGCUUGGAUUUUUCCUGUUGAAAGAUGACUUUAGGCUCACUGGGAACCCAAGACAUGGGCAUUUGUUGCCGCUGCUGCUCUGGGUGAAGCCCGGGCAGCGGCUCUGGGCUGAACCUGCCUCUUUGUUCCCUUCUCAGUACCCCUGCGACCGCAGCCAGAGGAACAGCCCCAGCCCUGGGGGUGUGGAGGGACAGGGAGAAAGGGGCCACCAGCCCUGUGGGGCAGCACCCAAGGGUGGGGAUACAGCUCAGCCCUCCCCAGCUCUGCUGGGCUCUGUACUGGCUCCCAGCCCUUCUCUCCUGGAGCACCGGGCCAUCUCGGGGCGCGUGUGUGUGUCUGUGUCCCCUGCAAAGCACUUUAGGGUCCCCCAGACCAGGCGCUCAGUGCCGGACCAAGGCUGCAGUAGCCCGUUCCCCUCAUUCAGACAUCCCAAACGGAGCCUGUGCCUGGCACUGGGGAGGGUCCCGGAUCGCAGCGUGGCUGUGCCCUCGUGGAGCCGAGUCCCGCAGGGUUUGUCCCACCGGCUCCCCCCGGAGCACGCUGGGGUGAUUCCUGUGGGAUUCCUUUCGGUUUUCUUUCCUGUUUUUUGGGAACUACAAGUGCUGAUGGGGCCAAAUCCCUGCGCCCGGGGCAGCGCUCGCUGCGCUCCCGGGCCCGGAACGGCUUUUAAAUGAAAUAAACCCAGGAUUUUCUAGCA